AUGAGUGCGUGUGGCUGUUGCGCUCCAUGCCAGCGGAGGUGGCUGCUGAAGGCUCUGUUGUUCUUGGCUGCUGUGCUGCCGACGAGUGGCGACUGCCCCAAAUCCUGCGUCUGCAACGUUCCCACUGAAGUGCAUUGCACCUUCAGAUACCUGACCGCAAUACCUGACCACAUCCAGCCAGCUGUGGAAAGAAUUAACCUCGGGUACAACAGUAUAACUGUCUUGAGAGAAAAUGAUCUUUCAGGACUUGAGAACUUAGAGUUGUUGAUGCUGCAUAGCAACACCAUCCACACUAUUUACGACACAUCCUUCCAAGAUCUCAAGUCCUUACAGGUCCUGAAGAUGUCGUUUAAUAAAAUAAAGGAAAUUAAGAAAGAGACAUUCAAAGGUCUGGACAGUCUGCUGAGACUCCACGUGGACCACAACAACAUUGAGUUCAUCAGCCCAGAGGCUUUCUACGGCCUAACUAAACUACAGCUGGUCCACCUGGAGGGUAAUCACCUCCAGCAGCUCCACCCAGACACUUUCAUCACCCUGAGACACAGCCAGGUGUUCAAGAUGUCCUCCGUGAGAAACAUCCACCUGUCGGAAAACCUUCUCACCACUCUGCCUGAAGAUAUCUUCUCAGGCUGUAGCCAGUUAGAGAACCUCUUCCUUCAUGGCAACCCCUGGACAUGUGAUUGCCAUAUGAAGUGGUUCUCAGUGUGGGCACAGAGGAACACAGGUGUGCUGAAAUGCAAGCGAGACAGGAGAUAUCCAAGAGGCCAGCUGUGUCCUGUUUGUGAAAAUCCAGCCCCUUACCACAACAAACCUCUAUCCCUCCUCUCCAGUGAUGCCUUCACUUGUAUCAAACCCUGGAUCCAACCCCAUCUAAAGCAGAAAAACAUCAGUCUGGACGAGGGGGACUUUACUCCAGUUUCCCCCAAAGACUUCAUUGCCCCAUUAGGAUCUAUACAAAUGAACCUGACCGACCAGAUUCACAAUGAUGCCAGCCUAUCUUGCACUGUCCAGAAGCCCUCUACUUUUGAAAACGUAACACAAACCUUGGAUGAGAAGGAGGGAAACAAUGUCAAUGUGCUAACCGCUGGCAUAACUACAUAUUUGGUGUGUAACAUUGACUAUGAGCACAUACAGCAGCUGUGGCAGAUACUGGCCACCUACAGUGACUCUCCCAUGACACUUGAGAGAGGCCUAAUGCUAUCUAGAAGACCAGAAAUGGUGUACAAGUAUAGUCAGAUGAAAACAAAGGAAGGAGAGGAAGGAAUUCACACAAACAUUGAGGCUGAGAUUAAAGCCUCGCCUGAAUGGUUGAUGCAGGGAGAGAUACGUUUCCAGCUUGACCGCACUACUACCACUUUCUCUACUCUGCACAUUAAGUACCAGUCUACAGUCAACCUACGUUUGGAAAACACAUCACCUAAGAGGGGUCGCUAUUCCUGGACCAUGAUCAAGCGAGAUAACCAAACCAAGACUGAGCACACUGUGAUUACAGGUGGUGUGGUGCAAUUGCACUGUCAAAUCCGCGGUGACCCGAAGCCUUUUUUGGAGUGGAUUUUACCGGAUGGAAGCAAGGUCAGAGCUCCUUACUCCAGUGAGGACAGGAGGCUCAUAAUGACUGCUGAAGGGAUGCUCACUUUGCGGGGUGCAGAUGCUUCAGAAACUGGUCUCUACCGGUGCAUUGCCACAAACUACCUGGAUGCAGAUAUCCUUGCCUUUCGAGUGACAGUCCUUUCCCCUGAUGUGGAAGAAGCUGAGGUCAAUGGUGUCCAACUCUCACAGCCACUUGGUGAAAAUCUGUUUUUUGACUGUAGCUCCUCAGGAAGUCCUGAGGGCUCGGUGCAGUGGGUACUCCCCGACCACUCAGUACUGGACAAAUCUCAUGGGAAAAGGAAAGUGUUUGAGAAUGGAACCUUGCUAAUUCAGGGGCUCACAGCAAGGGACAGAGGAUUUUAUAGGUGUUUGGUCUCUAAUUACCUGGGAGUUGAUCUGCUCGUGUCUCAGGUGACAAUGACUGGAGAAACAACUGAAAAGGUGACAGUGUUGGACAGUGAUGGAUCAGGGGUAGAAAUGGAAGACAUGUUUGACCCUAGCUUGACUGAAAACACAAUCACCCUCAAUGAGAUCCCUUCUUCCAGUCCCUCGGAGAGAACUAGUCAGGAAUCUAAGACCAUAACCUCAGAUCGACCUUACCCCAGACUUGGUUCAAAGGGUAGAGUAGGUGUUGGAGGUAGACUGGGACAGAGAUUGAGGGGGCCAAUCACCAACAGACGCAUCUGGAGUAAUAGGGUGCUUGAUAAAUCUUCCAGAAAAGUGGACCCAUUGCAGUUUGCUGAAUUUAUGAAAAAGGCUCAAGAUGGAUCAAGAAUAAAGACUGGCACAGAGAGAGAGGAGGUCAAAUAUGAAAAGUCAAACUCUGGUCUUUCUGAUGAAAGUGAAAUCGGGUCUGGUGAGGAUCUUCAUGAAGAUCAUCCCAACAUUGUGCCAACAAUAGUCAAACCAGCAACAGACAAUCCACAGAAAGGUAGACUAUUUGGACAAGAGAACAGGCAGCUUGAAAUUAUAACUACCACACAUACAGUUCAUGGUAGUCGCAUAGCAACAAUGGGGGCAAGUCAAACUGAUGGCUUGGAAACCACAGUCAGCAAUCCUUUUAAAUUAAGUAAUGUAACAGAAAACACAAAUAUACCUACAACAGAGUUAUACAUGCAAUCAGAUUCUACACCAAUCAAGUCCACAUUCACACAACAUCCAACAGAAAGGAAGGAAAGUCAAAGUGAUGCAGUAACACCUUACCACACAAUUUCACAGAACACAGGACUCUCUAGUUUUGAUGAGACAAAUUAUUUUUAUGACUUAGAAAGAACUACCAAGCCGGGCUCAAACAGGCACCCAGUCACCCUCCAACUUACUGUGACAGACACGUCACAAGAAAAAGAACAACCUGGAGAGCCAGAGACGUCCACUGGGCUGGCGCUAUCAUUUCAGACAGACCCCCAUGUCACUCCAAUGAGAGAUGGUCCAAGCCCAGUCAAGCUAGUUGUCCACACAUCCACAGACGCAGAUGGCCAGACAACAUUCACAGCCAUCACCACCACAGAGAGAAAACAAGAUGAAAUAACCUUCCACACGACCCAAACAAUCAAAUCCCCACGUCUGCCUGCAGGAUCCACCAUCAUCUCCCGGCAGCAGAUCCAUAUUAUCCCACGAAAGAACAGUAGAGGAGGGGGGCGUAGGAGAACUCUCCAAGGGCGCAGGAGAAUCAUUAAACCCAACAGGAUAACUGAUAUACAGUCCUUCAUCAAUAAACUUAUAAAUCCCUCAUCGAAAAAGGAAGGGAUUGCCACGGUGCCUUAUAGAAUUGAACUGACCACAGACUGUGACUGGGAUGAAGACAAAAAGAAGACAGGAACCACUAAUCAGCAGCCGGUCACACCAACAGCUUUACAUAGAACAGAUAGACCUGCUUCUACACAAAAUACUGCAGCUUUUACCCCAACAUUUUACGUCACUUCAAAUGCCGCCUUCACCCCUACAGAGUCAAGGCAAGAGGUUUCCAGUAGCUACAUAACCUCUGCUGAGUUUGACCCUACAAUUGAUCCACUUUUGACAACAAAUAAAGGAUCAUCAAUCUCCACCACGACCACUACUACAACCGUCUUGAAGGUUAUUAGUGGAAGAGUUCCAUGGAAAAGGCUGUUUGGUGGCAGAGAGAGAGAAAAAAUACUUGGCAGGCUGAGACAGCCCUCCAUCACCCAAAAAACCUCAACAGCUGAGACAACAAUAAUGACCCCAACCACCACCCCGGCAGCUAUGCCCACCACUGCCACAAAUUCACUUUCUGAACCUGAGACUCUGUCCCCAUCCAGACAUACAUGGAGCAAAGAGGGUUCAUUAGAUGAUGGCUUUGGAUAUGUUUCCUCUGCAGAUUUUGAGUUCACAACACUGCAACCCAGCUUUCACGAUUUAACUACCACCAGUCCAUCCUAUUACUCCAAGUCUGCUACCACUGCUGAAACAACACCAGAAUCACAGACUCUACCUUCCCCACCUACUGUUGAACCACCCUUAAUUGAAAAUCCUGGUGAAACCUUAUCAUCUGGGUCUGGGGGACUACCUGAUAAUUGGUUUGUAAUCAGACAGAAGCCUGAUGGGUCAAGAGGACGACAAGGGCGCAGAAGGAGGCCCUUUAGGGGUAGGAGACCGUUCAACAAACCUGAAAUCACUAGAUUACGUCCUGCUACCACAACUGAGGCUUCAACCACAAAUAUAAAAACUACAAUGGGCACAACCACUCUAUCACAAACAACUGUUUCCCUCCACAAGCCCCUUUACACACCAUAUAGGCAAGAGGACAGAACUCCAGUAGUUGUUUCCACUGACCAAACAUCAAAGGAGGAGACUGACUUAUAUGAAGAAUUUGACUCGAGCACAUCUAGCGGUUUACCUGCAUAUACAACAACCAAGACACCUUUGAUCUCUUCAACCUCAUUUAACCCCAUCACCACAUACAUGCCAAUCACCACAAAAGGGCCUUACACAACAGCUCAGACCAAAGUCCACAGCAACAUCAGACCACCAACACAGAGGAACACUGAUCACAUCACUCGUGGGCCAUCAGUGAGGAGAAUCAGACCUACUGUGCAGAUAAUUGGUGCCAGAGGCAGUGCAGAUAAUGACCUUGACAGAGUGACCCUUGUUACAGCUGUGCAGGGAUACACCAAAACCCCUGCCCCAUACAACAACGCAAUGCCCACACACAAUGACAUCUCUAGUGUCUAUAAUCGUGUGGCUGGUAAUGAAGAUACAAGUGCCAAUAUUGCUGGCUUUGAACCCACUACAAAGGUCAAGACAAGCAAACCAAAGAUAAUUGGGGGCAAUGCAGCCAGCUUCACCGUACUAUCCAAUUCAGAUGCUUUCCUGCCAUGUGAGGCUGUUGGAAACCCUGAGCCAACUAUAACCUGGAAGCGUUUCCCGUCAACCACAGGUAUUACCGUACCCGUUAAGGGGAGGAUGGGAAAGUUUGAGGUGUUGAGCAAUGGCACACUGUCGAUCCAGAAUGCCAACAUUAAGGACCGUGGGCAGUACCUCUGUCUCGCUAAUAAUGAUCAUGGAUCAGAUAAACUUAUUGUCACCCUCUCUGUGGUGGCCUACCCUUCACGCAUCCUGGAGCCAAAAAUGCGUGAUAUAAAGUCUCAUACAGGUAACAAUGUGGAGAUGACAUGUAAAGCAGAGGGUCGGCCGACACCAAUGAUAUCCUGGAUCCUGGCCAAUCAAACCCAGUUCAGGGGUCAAAACACAGACAAGGGAAGGGUAUCAGUAUCUGCUGUUGGGACUCUGGUCAUUGAGCAGGUGUCUGUUUAUGACAGAGGUCAUUACAAAUGCAUUGCCAGUAAUCCAGCUGGAGCCGAUACUGCUACAGUCCGACUGCAGGUGGUGGCACCUCCCCCAGGUAUCGUGGAGGAGAAAAAGCAGCAGGUUAAAGUGGGCGUAAACCAAAACUUGUGGCUACCCUGCACUGGCCAAGGCAGCCCUCAGCCUACUAUUCACUGGGUCCUCCAUGAUGGGUCGAUGCUACGACAUAACAGACCUGCCAGUGACACAAGGAUAUUAGUGUACGGGAAUGGAACUCUCCACAUUAAGGAUGUGACUCCAGAAGACAGCGGCAAAUAUGAAUGUAUCGCUACCAGUUUGACUGGUUCAGAGAGAAUGGUUGUGACUCUGACAGUAGAGAGGCGAGAGUCUGCACCUCAAAUAGUGGAGAUAUCAAAGCGCAUAACAGCGUUGUUCUUCGAGGACCAGCUGAGACUAAACUGUUCAGCUACAGGAGACCCUAAGCCCAGGAUCAUCUGGAGGCUGCCCUCUAAAGCUGUAGUGGACCAGUGGCACAGGAUGGGCAGCAGAAUUCAGGUCCUGGAUAACGGCACUCUUAUUGUUAGCAUUGUGAGUGAUAAAGAUGCUGGAAACUAUCUCUGUGUGGCACGAAACCACAUUGGUGAUGAUCUCCAACUCAUGAAGGUCACUGUGUCAAUGAAGCCAGCCAAGAUAGAGCCAAAGCUCUAUGGAAAGAAGCAGGUACCCUACGGUAAUGACUUUAAGGUUGACUGUAAAGCCUCAGGAGCACCAAAGCCAGAGAUAUCCUGGGGAUUACCAGACGGAACAGUGGUCAACAGUGCUCUUCAGUCUGAUGUCAGCAGUGGAGGAGGCCGAGCACGGCGCUAUACACUUUUUGACAAUGGAACUCUCCACCUAAACCAGGUUGGUAUGUCCGAGGAAGGAGACUACACCUGCUAUGCUGAGAACCAGGUGGGCAAGGAUGAGAUGCAUUUUCAUAUCACUGUGGUGACCGCUGCCGCCAGGAUACGUCCAACCAGCCAGACAUAUGCCAGGGUGAAGCCUGGAGGGAACGUCCGCUUUGACUGUGAAGCACUUGGGGAGCCCAAACCAAAGAUCCUGUGGAUGCUGCCCACCAACGAUGUCAUUGCAGCGUCUAACGAACGGUACCUAAUGCACGUCAAUGGCUCCCUGGAUAUCAGGGAUGUGAAGCUUAUCGAUGCUGGGGAGUAUGUUUGUAUGGCUCGAAACCCUGCUGGAGAAAGCAGAAAAGUCUUCAAGCUUGAUAUAGAAGGGAAUCCACCAGUAAUCAAUGGCUACCGGCAGAACAGGACUGUAAUCAAAGAUGUAGCUCCUAAAUACUCCAGGAAAUUAAUAGACUGUAAUGCUGAGGGCAAUCCCACGCCUACUAUCACUUGGAUUAUGCCUGAUAACAUCUUUCUGACAGCACCAUACUAUGGCAGCAGGAUUAAUGUCCACCAUAAUGGGACAUUAGAGAUUCGUAACGUGCGGCCAACUGACACAGCUGAGUUCAUCUGCAUGGCGAGGAAUGAUGGAGGAGAGGCAGUAAUGGUAGUACAGCUGGAGGUGAGCAGUAUACUCAGGAGGCCGAUAUUCAAGAACCCCUUCAACGAACGUAUUGUGUCUGGGAUUGGUAAAACCACAGUUCUAAACUGCUCUGCUGAUGGAUACCCAAUGCCGGAGAUCACUUGGACUUUGCCUAAUAGAACACGGUUUACAGGUGACCACCACCUCGUUAAAAAUGAGACUUUAGUCAUCUACAACUCUGGAGAAAAAGAUUCUGGGAAGUACCGCUGUGGUGCCAAGAAUUCCAUGGGUUACAUAGAGAAGCUAAUCAUUUUGGAGGUCGGUCAGAGGCCUUACAUCCUGACAAAGCCUAGAGGCAUCAUACGCAGUGUAUCUGGAAAACCUCUUUUCCUUCAUUGUUUAUCUGAUGGAAGUCCCAAACCAAAAAUCCACUGGACAAUUCCCGGUGGCCACACUCUUUCUCGGCCUCAAGUCCUCGGGCGCUACCAGUUACUAGAGAAUGGUACUUUGGUUGUACAGGAUACAACUCUCCACGACAGAGGGAACUACAUUUGCAGGGCUUGGAGUGAUGCUGGAGAGGCUGUGCUCACUGUCCCUGUUAUUAUCAUUGCCUACCCUCCACGAAUCACAUCAGGGCCACCUCCCAGUCUAAGGGCAGUGACCGGAACACCUAUCCAGCUCAACUGUGCCGCCAUUGGGAUUCCAAAGCCUGAGAUCACCUGGGAGUUGCCCGAUCGUUCAAUUCUGUCCGCGGCAGAACAGGGACGGCCUAUGGGUAGCGAACUGCUCCAUCCUCAGGGCACACUUAUCAUUCAGAGGCCCAAAGCCUCAGACUCUGGCACAUACAAGUGCCUGGCCAAGAAUCACCUGGGUACAGACUCAAAAAUCACAUAUGUACAUAUACUGUGA